UACUACGUCGUUCAUAAGCAUAAUGUCAACGUAUAUAAAUAUAACGAGCACGUAGCAACGUAUAUAUGUACAAUGUACAGUAUGGCAACCAUUCAGUCAGUGUCAUUUCCUAGAUCGUGGAAAAAAUCCCCACCAUUCAAUCGCCCCAUCUAUCUUGGGUGUGUUCGAAAAGCAGCUUUCAGCAUUAUGAGUGUGCUCUAUCCUUGUUAAACUUUCAAUAAAUAACAAAGAUAGAACGACAUUUUAAGCAUGCUAUCUGAACGUAGCCUUCGUACGCAUAUUUAGGCUGGGUUCGGAGAGCACGUUUUUAGCGCUAUAAGCGUGCUCUAUCCUUGUUCAACUUCAAUAAAUAACAAAGAUAGAGCAUGCUCAUAGCGCUAAAAGCGUGCUCCCCGAAUCCAGCCUUGAAGUGCGUUCAGGGAUCCUAUCAGGAUAGAAUUUAAAAUAAAGAGAAAAAAAUUUUCAACUAAAAAGAAUACAGAAAAACGCAAUUUUGUUGUUACUUCUUGAUUGGUCGGUUAUAGCCGCCAGGCCUGUCAGGCCUGUAAUGUCCCACAUUGUAAAGUUGUCAUCAAAUACAAUUGUGUUGAGAUAGUCUAAAUCUAAAUAAAUACAUAUUAUUUCUUGUGACCACGAUGGUGAGGCACUGUUCAGUUAGUGGCUGUAAAGUAAAAGAAAAGCAAGGCUUUAUGAUGUUUCGAUUUCCAAAAGAUCCAGAAAGGCGUGCAAAAUGGAUUUCAUUAGUGAACCGGUCAAAUUGGCAACCUCAUGCAAAUAGCACACUUUGCGAAGUAUGUAAUUCAUUUCGGUGAAGAUCAAUGGGAGCAAAGAAGGAUUGAUGGUUCAAAAAAGUUGCAGUGCUCAGCUAUACCAUCAUUACUCUCUUCAAGAAAAAACUCUUUGUCUGUCCUUUAUCUCCCUCCUCUCGAUGAACAUAACUACUGUCGUCUGUCCAGUGUUCCAGAAGCUAUCUCCGAUCCUCUAAUACUCCCUCAAUCACCAAGCCUUUUGAGGGAUGUAUCUAAUAUAAAUUUGAAUAAUACUCCUAUCCGUCCAGUAACUUUUGUCACCUGUGUCAAUUCACCCAAGAAAAUAUCUGUAUUGGAAACACAGUCGUCAGCAUCCUCACCAGUUACAGAUACCAUAGAAGCAGAAUCUGUGGAAGCUUUGAAGCGGCGAUUAGAGUUAAAAGAAAAAGAAAUAGCUGCACUCCAGACAAAAUAUGUUUCUAUGCAGAAAAUGGCAGGUAGAGUUUUUAAGAGUUACUGGAAUAUGAAGAGGCAACGUGAAAGGAUGAAAACAGAGCUUAAAAGACUUCAAGAUUUCCAUCGUCGCAGCCAUGGAUUAUUGGCUGUCAGGUUGCGUCAAGACCAAUUGAAGGCUCUAUGUUCAAAGACUACAAGAGGAAGAAAAUGGAGCAUUCCGACCAUUACUGACGCAUUAGUCUACAAGAUGAAAUUAGGCACGCAAGACUACUCGGACUUUGUCAGAAAGUUUCCAAUUUUCCCUUCAGUCAGAACACUUCAGAAAGCAGUUGAACAUUUAUAGUUGUCAGAAACAUAAACUUUUUUAUUUAAUUAUAUAUAUAGUGUACAUGUUAAAUUAUAAUACUGGGGUACCUGAAUACGGAAUUCGAACAUAGCCCAUGAUGUAAAAAAAUAAUAAUAUAAUGGCACCACCAACGUGCUUAAGAUGGCAGUGGCAAGGUGGUGAUAGAGUUCAGGUUUCUCUAUAUUCUAGGCCUCUAUUUUCGUAAAGUAUUAUGUUUAGGAUUCACAUAAAUAAAUCUUUUAUAUUCUUCGUUAUAUGUAAUAAUUGAGAUUUGAAAAAAAAAAGAUUGCAUAUAUUAAAAUUAUAAACAAAAGAUUUUAUUAAUAAAAUUUGUGUUGCAUCA